AUGGGGUCACUUCGCUGGGCUCGGAGCGCCGGGCAGCCCUGGAGCGCUGCUGGGUCUCUGUGGGGCUGGGCAGUGUCAAGGCUGCACCUGGACUGGACCACAAGGUUGUUUCAGGAGGAUGAAGAGAUGCUGAUUCUGACCCACAGCGAUGAGUUGAACAGAACCUAUGGUGAGGACAACAGAUUGCCUUUCGACAACAUUACAAACAGAAAUAACCCGAGCUCUGAUGGAACCAGAGGGAACAGAGCAAGAAGCAGCCUUUCUCUGACCGAGCGAGAUGAUCCCAGUCUCCCAGGAUCCUCCAGCACUUUACUGCAGGGGGGUUCAGCUUUUAAAGAAACCACUGCCUCUGUCAUCUCCACUGGACCCAGAACCAUCACCAUAACUUCAGCCGUCUGUCCUGCAGACUCUGUUUGGUUCAAAAACACCACAAGUUGUGGCAAAGGAAGAAGAUCCUCUGAGACGUUCACUGACAGGACGGGAAGUGAGGAGAACCUGAGCUCCAACCAAAACAAGGGCAACAAGAGAGGAUCCUACAGGCUGUUUAGAGGAAAUAUACAAAAACAGAGACUUCCUGAGGAUGGAGAGGAGAAACAGGAAAGAGAGGAGAGGACAUCUCAGUUCUGUGCCAGCCUUGAAGAAGAGAGAGCAAGGAUGAGUUUGGCUAAUCCAGAUCAGAGCCCGAGUACAGGCAGCACAGGUCUGAAUCCUGCUCUCACCAUCACCGCCUGGGAGGCCGGCUGGAAUGUCACCAAUGCUAUACAGGGUAUAUUUGUGUUGGGUUUGCCCUUUGCUCUGGUCCAGUCAGGCUAUGUGGGUCUUGUUCUGCUGGUUCUGUCAGCCUGGGUCUGCAACCACACAGGGAGGAUCCUGGUGGCCUGUCUGUAUGAAGAAGAGGAACUAAGUGGAGGCUCGAUGUCAAAGGUCAGAGUCCGACACAGCUACCAGGACAUAGUGGAGGCCUGCUGCAAAGGACUGUGGCCAAACUGGCCUGGACUGGGAGGCUGGAUGGUCAAUGUAGCUCAGGUUAUUGAACUGCUGAUGACCUGCACUCUGUAUCUGGUCGUCUCCACCAGUUUGUUGUCUGACAGCCUGUCGGGGAUGGCUGUUCCCAGGUCAGUGUGUUCUCUGGUGUCCCUGAUGUUCCUGCUGCCCUGCCUGCUGCUGACUGAUCUCAGACCAGUCUCCACCCUCAGCCUGCUGUGCUCUCUGGCUCACAUCCUGAUCAGCCUGUUGGUCAUCCUGUACUGUCUGAGUCGAGCCAGCAGCUGGUCCUGGUCCACUCUGUCCCUGUCUGUGGAUCCGGAGGACUUCCUCGUCUCUGUGGGCGUCAUCAUCUUCUCCUACACCUCGCAGAUCUUCCUCCCUCCUCUGGAGGGCAGUAUGGAGGACAGAGGGCAGUUUAACGCCAUGCUGGGGUGGACUCAUGGUGCAGCCUGCAUCAUGAAAACUCUGUUUUCUUUACUGGCCGUGUUGACUUGGGGCUCAGAGACCAGUGAGGUCAUCACAGACAACCUGCCCUCUGACCUCCGACCUCUUGUCAACCUGUGUCUGCUGGCGAAAGCCCUGCUGUCCUACCCUCUGCCUUUCUACUCUGCUGCUGAAAUACUGCAAACCUGUCUACUUGGAGACGUCUCAUCGUACUCUAAGCACGGAGGUCGAGUUGUGUCUCAUCCGGCCCUGUUGCUCCGCGCCGCUUUGCUGAUGACAUCAUACCUACUGGCCCUGCUCGUCCCCAGGUUCUCCCUGCUGAUGGGUUUGACAGGCAGUGUGACCGGGGCGGCCAUGACGCUCAUACUGCCGUGUUUGUUUCACCUCAGACUGCAGUGGAGCCGCCUCACUGUGAGGGAGCGGCUCAUAGAUUUAUGUAUACUCAGUCUGGGAGUCAUCAGCAGCGUGUCCGGAGUGAUCUGCUCGGUGAAAAGACUAGUGGGAGGACUGUAG